UGACCGAAGUCAACUCCUACUGGAGCCCAACAGUUCAUGUGCUGGUGACAGACAGGGCUGCCCACUCUCACUCACAUCUAGACUCAGACAGCAGCUGCCAUCAGGUGACAUGAAUGGCAGCAUUUCAGCGCGUUUUGUGUCUUUGCUGCAAGAAAACCUGUAGGACGCUGCAACUGAGAGAGUCAUGGAUCGACUGCAUGAAUGGAGCUUCAAGUCCAAGAACGUGGACCCGGAGGAGGAGGAGGAGGAGGAGGACUUCUACUUUGACUAUGAAGCGGAGGAAAUAACAGAUUAUCAAGACCCCACUGAACUUCUGGCUGCUUUGAAACAAAAGGAGGAAGAGGUUAUUUUGGCAGCGCAGCUGGGAAACGCAUUGCUCCUGGAAAACCGUCAGCUGAAAGAGCAAAGCGAAAAGCUUCAUGAACAGUACGCAGUCAAGCUGGAGGAGUUGAAGCAGGGACGGCAUGAGCUGCGACUGAAGCUGGAGGGCUGUCAAUCCCAGUGGGAGAGCCAGGUGGGAGACCUGGAGAGGGAUGUGAGGGAGCUGAGCACCCAGGUGGAUCAGCUCACCCAGGCGCUUAGUGAGGCUGAGAGGGGCAAGAGUCGGGCCCAGAUCGAGCACAGUGAGCAAACCCAGCGCCUCAGGGAGAAACUCAGCACUGCGAUGGAGGUAGAGAGAGCCAUGUCCAGUAAACUGCAAGCCUUGAAACAGGAGCUCCAACAAAAAGGAAGCCAUAACAGGCAGCAGGAGGAGGAGUUGAUCAGUGCCUUGAGGGAACAGGUGUUGCGCCUCACACAGAAGGAACAAGCGCUGGAGCAACGUUUAGAGAGUGUGUGUCAAGAAAAUGCAGAACUGAGGGCGAGUUUGACCUCAUUACAUGCACGUUUGGCUCUGCACGAUCAACACAACCAGCAACACAGCCAGCAGCUAGCUGAGGCAUGGCAGGAAGUGGAGGUGGCUCGGGGUCGCUCGCAGCAGCUGCAGGCUCAGGUGGAGGAGCUACAAGACAAGAUGUCGCUGCAGGACACCAGUGGUCAUGGAGACACCUCCCUGCUGUCUGAACUGGAGGCUGCAGACUUGGGAGUCAGCAAAGAAGAGAUAACGCAUGAAAUGGCCGCCAUCCUGCAGUUACUUCUCCCACUGACCCAGGAUCUAAAUGGAAAGAAAGAGGUCGUGGAUCAACAGGCGGACCUGCAAGCUAUGCUGCACCGGCUAAAGGGGGUGGCCCGAACGCUGGCUCAGGCAUCCAGCCCCCAGGAGCUGAACCUUAGUUUUGUUGACAGGACGGCCCAUCACUGUGGGAAUCUGAGCGCAACACAAGAGCUGAGAGAUCAGAACAUUCAGCUGCAGCAGGAGAACACUGAGCUGAUGCAGAAGCUGCAAAACAUACAAGGCCAAGCAGAAGGUGUCCAACAGGCCAUCAGAGACCGGGAUGAAGCCAUAGCCAAGAAAAAUCUGAUGGAGGCCGAAUUGGUGAGAAGCAAAAAUGACAUGAUGUGUCUGAACAACCAGUUAUUAGAAGCCAUUCAACGUAAACUGGAGCUGUCGCAGGAGCUGGAGGCCUGGCAGGACGAUAUCCAGAUCGUUAUCAACCAGCAGCUCAAGUCACAGCAGCUGUCGGAGCAGCCUCAGAAGAAGCCCUCCUCCAAUGGCAUGGCAUUCUUCCGCAGACCCAGCAGAGCAGCCUCCACCUGGACACGUCAGCCUUCCUCCUCCUCUUGGACUUCAGACACUAAUCAGGACAAAACCCAAUCCCCAUGGAGGGACUGGCUAAGACGAGGGAAAGGGGCACAGUAUGGCAAAUAAUAGUCCAUGACCUCUGCAGCUAUCUAAUGGCUGCUGGACUGAGGAGGUGCAAAGUAAAAAUGCCAAGGAAUGCCACAAGUGAAGCUUCUUGUCAAUCAUUUAGUGAAAAAUGGCUGUAAAGACUCUUCUGAGAGAUAAAGAUGAGAGCCUCUAUGAACAUAGUUUUAUAACAGACACAUACUAAAACACAUUUCAUUGAGAGGCUGAGCCUCCGCAAAAUCUAAACUGUGACAACCUGAAUUACCGUGUAACAGAAUUAUGUAGACUGUAAAUAUUCUGCUUAUUUUGUAAUAUUGUAAACCUCUUUAUUUCUGAGACUUUGUAAUAAGUACAUGGUAGAUGUAGCUCAGUUGAAAGUACUUGCUUAGAGUAUUUAAUUUAACUGAUCAAAAAUAAUUAUUUCAAGAACUUAAUGAACAAAUGCUUCAUUUUCGAUGUAAGCUUUUUCUCCCCCUCAUUUUGUAUAGUUAAAAACUUAACUUGAAUGUUUACCUGGUGAGGUCUGUGUGUAGCAGACAUAUAAAUGUACAGUAUUCAGUUUUGUAACUUCUUUGUGGGUUUUUUUCUUUUCUGUGUGUGUUACAGAUCCCAUGACAAAAAUGGAAGAAUUGGAAAGUUACAUCACAUCACAAAUUUGGUGUAUAAUUUGACAUAACUAUCAGAUGUACAGAAAAUGCAUCAUUAAAUAUGUUUAGGAUAAACAAUUUUAUUUUGCUUUUAACUAUUUACAGUAGAUGUUGUUGGAGGCUCAUACAUUCUUCACUGAACUUGCCAAAAAGUUCAGUUUUACACUUACCUGACCAGAGGACCCUCUUCUACAUGUUUGGAAAGUCUAGAGGAUUUUUUUUUUUCAGCCAUCCUUUCAUAAAUCCAGUUUUGUGGUGCAUAGAACUUAAAGUGGUUGCAUAGGCACACAACUGUGGGUGCCACAUUCUUUCCAUUUUUAAAAAUAACAGAUUUGAUUACAUUAAGUUCAGAGUUUUUUUUUUUUCUUCAGUUUAGUCUUUUUCUGUAUUACUCCACAACAUUGUUUCUGGCCUGUCUGGAGAGCAUUUUCUUCUUCAUUAUUCUGCUUUCUUGGUGGUGCUUCUUGCUUAUUGUUGCAAACUUUUUCACAACAAUUGCAUAUAUUAUGAGAUCUUGUAACACUUAGACGUCACUUCUUGAGACUGGGGCCACUGGGUCAUAGAUUAGGGCUUUAAGGCAAGGGAAGGAAUAAAUAUGCAUACACUACAUUUUUAGGUUUUGUUUGCAUUUUUAGAUUUUAUUGAUCACAUUUUUUCUUCUCAUUUUAAUUAACUGUGUGUUUGUUUUUUUUCACAUCCAUUACUAUGGACCACGAGUCCGCAAUAAAGAAAAUACUACUAUUACUACAACAUUAGAUAAAAUUCCUAAACAUAUUAAUAUCCAACCACAAAAACACCAUUCCUAUGGCUUAAGACAGUUCUGGGAGAAUAAAGCAAUGUAGAAUUGCUUCAGGCACAAAAAACCUUGUUUGGUUACAUGGGGUCAUCCAGACAGAGUAUUAUGUUUACAUAGUGUAGAAAAAAAAACCAAUUUUCAGACAUUGAUGCAAAGAACAACCAAGUUAUUCCAAAAUUCUUUGAAUAAUAACAAAAUCAAGGCAUUAGCAUGACCCUGAAACUGCAGAUCUCAGUCAUGUGGUCAUGGAAGAAAUUAAGCUCAACACCUUUAAUCUUAAAACUGCUGGUACUAGUCUUUUCAUCCAAUAGUUGAAGGCAUUCGAUUUAAUAAAGGGGGCUAACAAAAAUCAUUUUAGAUGUACAGCCAGAGUCACUAACUAUUUUCAGUUACAAUAAAAGUGUAAUUUACCAUCACAUGGUGUUCAGCUGUUCAUCAUACUGUAAUUAAUACAGAACAUUUGAUUACAAACAAGGUGGCAUUUUGUAUAUACUUGUAGGUUGCCAUUAUAUGUCAUAUAUAAUUGUUACAAGUUUGCAAGGAAUAAAAUAUUUUGUAUCUGCAAUUCA